AUGGGUGGUUUACAGUACCAGAAUACUCCUGAGGUUCUUUACUGCAUUGGAUGCAGAGCAUUGAAGAACCCUGCAAAUAGCACCUGCCAUGGCUGGCCAAUCCAAGGCCUUCGCUGGGUGACGAGGAAAGAACGGCUGUCAAGAUUAAACUGGUUACCUGCCAACACAGGAGGCCAUGGCUGCAGUUCUGUCCCAAAGAAAGAUGCAGAGGAGAUGGACCGACAAACUGAUGAUUACAGCUUUGGUAAUUUUAAAGUGUUUGAAGGAGGACGCUGCAGACCCAAGCAGUGGAGAGAAAACGUCCACAUCAGGAAGCUGCAGAGAUACAAAAGUCAUCGUCUGGUGACCCAUCUCCACCGAGACACAGCUUGUGAAUCAGAGUGCAACUCCGGCUCAAAUAGACUCAGCCAUCUGGCUGUGGUCCAGCAGCCCUAUCCACACAAACCACUGACUUCACAAGUGCCAUUAAGACUCCAGAUUAAAGUGAAUGGACAGAAUGGAGGUUUGGGAAUCUGUAUUGCAGGAGGAAAAGGGUCCCUGCCUUACCAAGAGAAUGAUGAGGUAGAUCCCUGAAUCUCAUUAUAUAGCCUACUACUUGUUAGCAAAUCAGCCAACACCUCCACCACUCAACCAGCACCGGACUUCAUCGCUUCUGACUAUCGGCAAAAUACUCAUCAUCCUCACCUGUUACCACUCAUCAAUCACCUCCAUAUAAACCCUCUCCACUCCUCAAUCCUUUGUCUGGUAUUAUUGUUCCUGCCACGCUCCAAUACAGAUUCUGAUACUCACCGCUGUGAUGAUCUCUCUCCGGAUGUUAUGUCUCCAUCGGAUCCUCCACUUCAUCCUGUUGAAGAGAUAAUAACAACUGUUGCUGAUUUAUCAAUACUCAAACUUCCCUGUGCAUGAAUCUUUCCAAUCUUGUGCUUUCCACAUUAAUCAGUAAAACCAAUUUGUUGUUUGUAAACCGGUAUCUCUCAUAAUGUGUGUGACACAAACUAUAAUAGUCAUACCUCUGUGGUGCUGUUUACAAAACAAAAAACAUGGAUCAGAAUACUAAUGCACAUACAGGCAGUUAUUUCAAUACGUAAUGAAAAUGUUAGAUUUUGUUUUGUCGUAUGUUUUUUCCUAUUAUUGAUUAAUUUGUUUUCUGUGCUUUAGGGAAUUUUUAUUUCCAAAGUGUCUAAAGGAGGGCCAGCGGAGAAGGCAGGGGUUCGUGUCGGGGACAGAGUGCUGGAGGUCAAUGGUCAAGACGUGCAGGAGGUGAGCCACCACGAGGCUGUCUUUGCCCUGAGGACUGCUGGAAGCUGUAUAAAAAUCAAAGUUCUCCGUGAGAGACGUGUACCCGUGGAGCCAUUGAGAAAUGAGAGGACUGACACCAUGGUGACGGACAGACAGCUCAGCCAAGAGUGGGGUGUUCUAGUAAGCAGAGACCGACCCAGUGUCCUGCAAUCCCUAGAUCCAACUCUGGACUGCAUGUUAUUAGACAGUGUGAUUGAUGCUACAACCUGCAAUGCAAACAAAUCGGAUGAUCUGAAGGAGAAAGACACGGGGAGCUCCAAUAACAAUGCCUUACAAGUUGUGAAAAACACCAUGACGAUACCUCACAUUAUUCUGACUCAUCCCUCUACCUCGGAUGAAGACGUAGAGCUGCUGACACAGGUUCCCGAUGAAAGAGAUUUCUAUGACUUCAGUGGCUCUGAUGGUCACAUCUGCUCUGAUAGCUUGAACAAUGCUUUUUAACCCAUCAGAAAACUCCACAAGUCACUUGUUUACUCUCUCUAUUUUAUACAGCUAGUAUCUUUCAAAGUGACAAUGAACAGUGAAAUUAUUCAUUUAAAUGAUAUUGCUUUUAAAAACACUGUUUGUUAUUGUCAUUAUCAUUUAAAACAGGCCCAUCAUUUGUAGGUUGUUUUUGUUGUGCCUGAGAUUAUUAUACUUGCAAAUGUUUAUAUGACUUAAUCCAAAAAUAAUCCAAAAAACAUGAUGAGGCUCUACACACACACACACACACACGCACGCACGCACGCACGCACGCACGCACGCACGCACAUGUGGACAUUACUGCUGGCUGGUUGGGCCGCCCCCCAAAGUUGUUCAGAGAAGA